CAAAACAAAACAAAACAGUGACCUCUUGAUGGCAAAAAGAAAGAAGUUGCCUACUUCUAUACUACUCAUUUUUACAAAUUAACUCCUGUCCAGGAUUACAUAAUGCAAUGAUCCCUAAACUAAUUACACUGGCUGUGUCCCUACAACGCUAAGUCAAAAACUAGCAACCCAACGUUUUAUUUAUUACAGUAUAUUGUGCCAACCCACCCAACGGAACAAGCACCGAUUCACAGCUUUUCUUUUCAAGCGAUUUUCUCAUCCACCGUAUGCAAAUUCUUUUGCUAAAUCCUGAUUUCCAUCCAGUUGCUUUCAAGAAAACCAUGAUAAAUCUCCCUGAAAAGUAUCCAGAGAUAGGUAGUUUCGUGCUCAGCCCCCUUCAGCUCAAAUUAUUUUGGCCAAUUACAAACGACUGUGGGAACUGUAGUCCAAAACGCCUGCGGAUUACCAAGUUGCCCGUCCCAACAAUAAUCAGGGUGCUCUACGGAACUGGCGUUUAACUUCGCUCGGCUCUGGAGGCUGCCUUCUAAACAUAUUAUUUUACGGCCCCGGUCAGGCGCCCUUAAGCACGAGUAUUAAAUAUACUCUCUGACAGAGGUAACUGCCGCGGGGGGAAAUGUAAUGUCCUUUAAUUAGGAUUCGUAUAUGGCUCGUCUAGUGAAGAAUGCCGCAGGGGGACGAUUCCCAGUUAGUCUCGAACAGGGACAGCCCAAACAGCUGGAUUCGGUCUGACGUUUUGUGCGGCCACCUGAGCCACAGCCCGACUCUUCAGCAUUCCCAGAAGGGAGAGAUCUGCGCGUGACUUCCUCGCCUUGUCAGCAUACACCUAAGCAGAGCGAAAAGAAGAGAGGCGUCUCCUCCCGCCCUGCCCUCCGAAUUGCUGGGUUGGUUGGACCCUGGCGCUUGCCGUCUUUUCUCUCUGACUGAAAUUAACCGGAAGCGUCGCCGCAGCGCCUCCGAACCCGCUGCGAGGGCGAGCAAUGGAGUUCUCAGAGGAGAAGUUGCGGAAGUGGCUGAGCAAGUAUAAAUUCCGAGAUCUGACCAUAGAAGAACUGAAGCACAUAAAUGAGUUGUAUCCCAACAUCAGGUUCACCAUGAGCACCUAUACUUUUAAGGAUGGAUCCCAGAAAGACCUUCUGAACUUUAGUGGUACUGUUCCAGUAAAAUAUCAGGGUAACACUUAUAAUAUUCCAAUUUGCAUAUGGAUUUUAGAUUCUUAUCCUUUUACUCCACCAAUUUGUUUUCUGAAGCCCACUGCUAACAUGGGAAUUUCUGUAGGAAAACAUGUAGAUGCCCGUGGAAGGAUUUACUUGCCAUAUCUACAAUCCUGGAGCCAUCCACAGUCAGUAAUUAUAGGGUUGUUAAAGGAAAUGAGCACAAAAUUUGAAGAGGAACUUCCCUUAUAUGCAUUAUCGUCUACUGAUGAAGCCAGACAGAUGGACCUGCUUUCAUAUAUCACAAAAAUUGUUGAAGGUGAAAACAAUGGACAAUCAAAGGGAGAAGAAAAGAAAAAUGAUGGAGGAUUACGCAAAGUUACAAUAGUUGGGGCUGGAGAUCUGGGCCUUGCUUGUAUACUGGCUAUUUCAGCAAAGGAUGUUGCUGACAAAGUCGUUGUCUUGGACUGCUCAGAAGCUACAGUGAAAGGAGGAACAAUGGACCUGGAAAUCUUUGGCUUGCCAAAGGUGGAAAUUAGUCGAGAUUUUUCUGCCUCAGCGGACUCAAAAUUGGUGGUGCUUACAGUUAAUUCUUUAGGCAAUGCUCAGUCUUAUCUGGAUGUUGUGCAGAGCAACGUGGAAUUGUUCAGAGGCAUUCUUCCACCAAUAGCUCAUUACAGUCAACACAGUGUACUGCUUGUUGCCUCUCAACCAGUAGAAAUAAUGACCUAUGUGUCGUGGAAGAUGAGUGGAUUUCCUAAAAACAGAGUUAUUGGAAUUGGUUGUAAUUUGGAUUCAGCAAGAUUCCAGUAUGUUAUUACAAAUCUGUUGAAAGCCCAAACCAGAAAUAAAGACAAUUGGAUUAUUGGUGAACAAGGAGGAAACAAAGUGGCAGCAUGGAGUUCUUUUAAUUCAGCGAUAAUUCAUCCAGGUGAUAAGUUAACAAAUCAUAAUGAACAACAGAUGUUGAGUAACAGAGCCAUGGAAAUUCUGAAAGGAAAAGGCCAAAGGUCUUGGUCUGUAGGUCUGUCGAUAGCUGAUCUGACUGACACUAUAUUGAAUGAUAAAAAGAAAAUACAUUCUGUAUCAGCCAUAGUGAAGGGGUGUUAUAAUAUAAACUGUGAAGUAUUUUUAAGUAUGCCUUGUGUACUUGGAAUCAAUGGCGUAAUUGAAAUGAUGAAGCCUGUAGAUGAGGAUAAUGUAGUUGAAAAACUACAAACCAGUGCUGCAUCCAUUAAUGACCUUCAACAGCAACUGAAACUCUGACCACCUUUUUGUCCUUAAAAUAUUUGAGAGUUGCAGAAAAAGUAUUAACGACUGACUGGAUCCAACAACAAAUUUUCACAGUGCGGAACUUUACUGAAUAUUACUAUAUAGUUAUUAAAGUUAGACAAAAACAUUUGGGUUAAGGAAGCUGUUACCGUUUGGCCAAGGUCUUCCCUGUAAGAUGUUUCCUACACUAAUCAUGAACUACUUCUUUGCCUUUUCCUCAUCAAGCUGUGCCCUUCACUACUACCACUCGACUUUCUUCUCAAAAGUGAGUUUUUAUUUUAAUCAGAGGUGUUAGGUUUUUGCAGUCGGAGGUGAUAUAUCACCAUCAGAUUGUUAUUUCCAAUACACUAUUGACUGUAUACGGAUAAUAUACAAUUCUUAGAAAGAACCAGCAGCAGUUUUGUCUAAAAUCAAUAUUCAUGAUUCAACUGAUAUUUAUCUGCUUUUUUAAAAAAAAAUGUUUACACUACUAAAUCAAUCAUCUGAAGCUGAAGUUUGGAUGUAUUGCACAAAUAUUACUUUUUUAUGUCUAAAAAUAGUUGAGUGUUCUGUAUAGAUUCUAAAGAUUUAGGAAGAAGUCUUGGAUGAAGGAUAUUAAAAAUAUGUUAGCAUAUUACAUGCUGUACUAUCAAGGUUAGCUUAUGAAAUGUAUGUAAUUAUGCUGGUAUUCUCUAAAUGAACAUCAACCACCAAGACCCAGAGGAUUCUCUCUGUUUUAGGCACAUGAAGUGUUUUGGUUUGUCCUCCUUUAUCCCUUCCUAAAGUUCAGAAAGACCUACCAAAGUAAUCUUUCUCUUGAAGCUGGAUCCACGUUUCUGGAAAAGGACAGGAUUAACACAUAAAUGCACUAUUCAUUAUUAUGCAGUAUAGUAGUAAGUUUUAAUAUGUUUGGCUGAUCAGUUCUAAUAUUGCACUAAGCUUUUAGCAGUACAAAAUAUUUGCCAAAUUUCAUAAAAUGUCUAUUGUGUACUUAUGUAUGCCUAUAAUGAUUUUUGCCAUUUUUCUUUAGAUUAUGUUUCUAAGAAUUACCACAUGGGAAAAAACUUGUUAAUGAGAUAUUAAUAAAGCUAAUUGUAUCUGA